ACCAAACACUUGAAUUCAAUGCACAUGCGCUUUCCCACUGUCUUUUUAGCUUCACUUUCACUUUAACCAACCAGUACUAUAUCAAAAACAAACAUUAUUUCUAGUACUCUACUCACCACAUAGUCUUAUUCACAAAAAAAAAAAAAACACACUCAAUUUGCUUACAUUGUAUUCUCAGCAAAUGAGAUUCACAAUUUUGUUUGAACAAAUGAGAUUCUCAGCGGUGUAUUUUGUCUUAUUAUUAUUGGUGUUAGUAGAAGUAGCAACAUGUUCCACAUUUUUCACCAGAGAGCAAAAGCUAUUAGAAUUCAACCACAAACUUGAUCAAAAACUAGCAUCAUCACCUACUUCUUCACAAACAAAGAUGAGUAAUAGGGUGUUGUACCCGAGUGAAUAUGGUGGAGACCCAACAGGAUCAGAAGAGAGUAGUGAUGCCAUUAUGAAAGCUGUGGAAGAUGCUUUUAAGUUGCAAAAGGGUAUUGAAUUAGUAGCAGGGGUGAAUGAUUUGGGAGGUGUUGUUAUUGAUUUGGGAGGUGGAGACUAUAAAAUCAGUAAACCAAUUACCUUUUCUCCAGGUGGUGGCAAUAUUGUGGUAAAAGGAGGAACCUUGAGAGCAUCUGAUACUUUUCCUGGUGACCGACAUCUAAUUGAGCUGUGGUCAUCAAAUUCCAAGAAACUUGACACAACAGAAUCUAAGCAAGGUGGUAGCUUCAAUGAUAUUAAAGCACAAAACAAUGGAAUUUACUAUGAAGACAUAACUUUCAGGGACAUCCUCUUUGAUUCAAGCUAUAGAGGAGGAGGAAUUUUCAUCGUCGAUUCUGCUAGAAUCCGGAUCAACAACUGCUUCUUCCUGCAUUUCACAACACAGGGAAUUCUAGUACAGCAAGGACAUGAGACAUUCAUAUCAAGUUGUUUUCUUGGACAACACUCAACAGUCGGUGGAGACAAAGGUGAGAAGGGUUAUUCAGGUGUCGCUAUUGAUCUUGCUAGUAACGAUAAUGCAGUCACAGAUGUUGCGAUUUUCUCGGCAGCUGUUGGUAUUGUGUUAAGGGGUCAAGCUAACAUUCUAUCCGGUGUGCAUUGUUAUAACAAGGCGGCAUGGUUUGGAGGUAUAGGUAUCUUAGUGAAAUUGGCUGGUAAUUCUUUAACUAGAAUUGACAACUGUUAUAUGGAUUAUACUGGUAUAGUAAUGGAAGACCCUGUUCAAGUUCAUGUUACUAAUGGUUUAUUUCUUGGGGAUGCUAAUAUUUUAGUAAAAUCCGUCAAAGGUCAAAUUUUGGGUUUAAAUAUAGUUGAUAAUAUGUUCAGUGGUGAUCCUAAUAAGAAGGUUCCAAUUGUAAAUCUAGAUGGGGAAUUUAGUAAUGUUGAUCAAGUGGUGAUUGAUAGAAACAAUGUGAAUGGUAUGAGCUUGAGAUCAACGGUUGCGAAGUUAACUGUGACCGGUAACGGCACGAAGUGGGAGGCUGAUUUUUCAUCAGUUUUGGUAUUUCCUAACAGGAUUAGUCAUGUUCAAUAUUCAUUUUUUGCUCAAGAGGAGCCAAAAUUUGUAGCACAUUCUGUGACCAAUGUGUCAGAUAAUGUUGUAGUUGUGGAGAGUGAGAAAGAAGCUAAAGGUUUGGUCUUCUUCAGUGUUGAACAAUAAGUAAGAAGCUAGGGUAAAUGUUCAUUAAUGUAUUUAAAGAGUUCUGUUUAAAUAAUAUUUUGAUUCACUAGUAUAGCUUAUUGCUGCAGAAAUUGAAUUUCUGAUAAGUAGGAACAUGACCUGUAAUCACAAAAAAGCUGUCGUGUUUAUCAUACAAAACAUAACAGCGAGCCAGUGAUAGACUGUAUAAAUUCAAAUCCUACUUAA